AGGUGCUCGCCGUGCGCUGACAGGAAGAGGCGGCGCCCGGUGUCUGGAGGAGCUGGGUGAUGUGUUUGUGAUCCGGGGAGCCGCCAGAGAGCCGGACUGUAGUGCGGACACCCCUCCCCCCAUCAUCGAGCACACACUCCCCGGUACGGGCGCUGCACAUACCCGGCUGUCAGGCGGAGACUGUUCAACCGCAGACUCCAUGUAGCGACGCAGCCUGGGGCACAAGAUGGCGGAUUUGUCGCUGCUGCAGGAUGAUGUGCAGGAAGAAAUAGAUGGAUUUGGUGUGGAUGACUACAGCUCAGAGUCUGAUGUGAUUAUUAUACCUUCAGCCUUGGACUUUGUCUCACAAGAUGAAAUGUUGACACCUCUUGGAAGACUGGACAAGUACGCUGCAAGUGAAAACAUAUUUAACAGACAAAUGGUUGCAAGAAGUUUACUGGACACUUUAAAAGAAGUCAGCGAUGACGAGAAGGAUUGUAUUGCUGUGUUAGAAAGGGUUACAAAACUCUCAGAAGAUUCUGAGCCCACAGUACGUGCUGAACUCAUGGAACAAGUGCCUCACCUUGCUAUGUUUUGCCAAGAAAAUAGGCCAUCAAUUCCACAUGCUUUUUCCAAAUAUCUUUUACCAAUUGUAGUGCGAUAUCUGGCUGACCAAAAUAACCAGGUUAGGAAGACAAGUCAAGCAGCAUUGCUUGUGUUACUUGAACAAGAAUUAAUAGAAAGAUCAGAUGUGGAGAGUAAAGUAUGCCCGGUGCUCAUUGAUCUCACUGCACCAGACAGCAAUGAUGACGUCAAGACUGAAGCUGUAGCGAUUAUGUGCAAAAUGGCCUCAAUGGUGGGUAAAGAUAUAACAGAGAGGCUAAUCCUUCCUAGGUUUUGUGAAAUGUGCUGUGACUGCAGAAUGUUUCAUGUCCGUAAGGUUUGUGCAGCCAAUUUUGGAGAUAUCUGUAGUGUUGUUGGCCAAGAGGCUACAGAGAAGAUGCUGUUGCCACGCUUUUUCCAGCUGUGUUCAGACAAUGUGUGGGGUGUGCGGAAAGCCUGUGCUGAGUGUUUCAUGGCUGUGUCAUGUGCAACAUCACAAGAGCUUCGUCGGACUAGGCUCUCUGCUCUUUUCAUUAACUUAAUAAGUGACCCAUCUAGAUGGGUACGCCAAGCUGCCUUUCAAUCUCUUGGGCCUUUUAUAUCUACUUUUGCAAAUCCGUCAAGUUCUGGUCAGUACUUUAAGGAGGAAGAAUGUAAAACCGCUGAGCUUGUAAAACCGAAUGAAACGGAGAGCAGCCUGCUGAAUGAGCACCUGUUGGAAGAUACAAAGAAUGUUACUCAAAAAAAUGUAGUUGCAACAGAUGAAUGUCAAACAGACAACAGCCCUGGUACCAUCACUGUGAAACUAGAAACCAACUUGGAUGAAUAUCCAGCUUCAGAUGACCUUUUUAGGGUCAACAAUCACUCUGUUGACUUACUUUCACAUUGCACUUUGCCUUUGGAGAAUUCACUUGACUCUGUUGGACCAGAACAGGGUUCUCCUGAUGCAGAAUCAUCUAAGGUUUUAGAACUGCAGUCUUUGAAGAGCCCUGUUACUGAGCAAGAGCUGUUCAAUUCGUUUCAUUACUGGAGGACUCCAAUUCCUGAAAUAGAUAUAGAUCUGGAACUUCGGCAUACACAAGUUGAAGCACAUAGCCAAGACAGUAGGUUAUCUGUUCAGAAGGCAUCAUCCCCUGGCUCACCUAAUAUAGCCAUGGCUACAAGAAAGGAGCUAGAAGAGAUGAUCGAAAACCUGGAGCCACACACAGAUGAUCCUGAUGUAAAAGCACAAGUUGAUGUCCUUACUGCUGCCCUUAAAGCCUCCAGUUUAGAAUCUCAGGAAGAUAAAAGAUCCUCUCACUUGAAUCAGGAGAUAACCUACCGCAAUGACACAAUUGAGACCGGGAGGAUGAACUGCAGAGUCUCACAAAAUGACUCAAUCCCUCUAAUCACAGAUUCUGUAGAGUGCAUGCAAUCCACCCUGCGCUACAUCCACAAUGAUUCCGACUUGAGCACUAGUAGCAGCUAUAGCCCUGAAGAGGAAAAAAAGUCCAAAGUGCAGGAUGUCAUACCUCAAGCCUUACUGGAUCAGUAUUUAUCAAUGACUGACCCAUCCCGUGCCCAGACUGUUGACACAGAGAUAGCCAAGCAUUGUGCCUAUAGCAUUCCAGGAGUGGCCCUCACACUUGGUAGACAGAACUGGCACUGUCUCCGGGACACUUAUGAAACACUAGCAGCUGACAUGCAGUGGAAGGUACGAAGAACCUUGGCAUUUUCCAUUCAUGAACUAGCAUUAAUACUUGGGGAUUCCCUUACUGCUGCAGACCUGCUGCCAAUCUUCAAUGGUUUUCUAAAGGAUCUCGAUGAAGUCAGGAUAGGUGUCCUAAAACAUCUCUAUGACUUUUUAAAACUCCUUCAGCCUGACAAAAGACGAGAAUACCUGUAUCAAUUGCAAGAAUUCUUGGUGACUGAUAACUGUCGCAACUGGCGUUUCAGAGCUGAAUUAGCAGAGCAGUUGAUUCUUCUACUUGAACUAUACAGUGCCAGGGAUGUUUAUGACUAUUUACUACCAAUUGCUUUAACUCUCUGUGGGGACAAAGUAUCAUCUGUCCGCUGGAUAUCAUAUAAACUGGUUAGUGAGAUGGUUAAGAAGUUUUAUUUGGAUCCCACUCCAACCUUGGCUCUGGACCUUAUGAAUAAGCUUGUAGAACAGUUCUGCAGAAGCCCAAAAUGGUCAGGUCGACAAACAUUUGUGUUCAUAUGUCAGGGCCUCAUUGAAGAUGACUGUCUUCCUAUGGAGCAAUUUGCUAUGUAUUUAAUGCCUCAUCUACUGCAGCUUGCUUCUGAUAGAGUACCAAAUGUCAGAGUCCUCCUUGCAAAAACCUUAAAGCAAACUCUCUUAGAGAAAGAGUACUUCUUAACGUCUGCCAACACUCACCAAGAAGCUGUGGAGCAGACAAUUGUGGCUUUACAGAUGGAUUAUGAUAAAGAUGUCAAGUAUUUUGCCAGUAUACACCCUGCUAGUACCAAACUUGCAGAUGAUGCUAUGAGCACUGCUUCUUCCACCUACUAAUAGGCAUUAAUUUCCUGAAAAGGUCAGCUUGGUCUCAAACUGAAGACCAUAUUAUUGGUCUCUUGUGUCUUGUUGUUCCUAUUCUUUUUUUAGGAGGGAAGAGUAUCUAUGAACUCUCAGAGGAUUGCCACCAAAGCCUUAAGUCUUCUGUCUUCCUGAGAUUUCAAGAAACUUGAACUGGCUGAUGAGUAACUUUAUAUCUGUGAGGACAUAAAGCUGUACUCUAGGUUGUCAUCAUUCAGAAGGUUCACUUAGUCUUUUACUGCUGGAGCUGGUACUAAGGUGCUUGCAUAUAUGUUCUGUGCCCUCAAUGCCGGUUUUUAUUAAGGAGCCUACGGUAUGAAUGAUUACCAAUAUGGCUUGCCAUAUGCAAUAGCACUGUUAUGUAUCAAUGGGCCAUAACCUGCAGUGACUUCUACUAAUCAAUUUGUUCCAAAUCAUUGUAGAGAUUUUCCAGUAUUAGGGGCAAAUGUUUUUUUUAUUAAGUGUACCCCCCAUCACUUUCUUAAUGUGUGAAUAAUUUCCUUAUUGGGAUGUGUGUGUUAACUGAGAAAUCAAGGGCAAUGUACCCUUUUUUUUUUCUUAAGGGCUCAGUGCUAACACUACAUUAGAUACUGAUUUUAAUCCUUAAAUGCAGCAUAUUGCUGUACUUAAAGGCAAGCACCAUUGCUGUUAAGUACCUCUGUUAUAAUUUGUUUUCAUGCUGGUCAUGACCUGAAGGAUAUGUGUUAAUUCAUGUGCUUCAAGUCAAGUUUUUUUUUUAACUUGAUCAUGAUCAGCUAUGAGGUGCAUCAUUAUUGAUCUUCAUAUAAAUGUACAUAUCUGUGGUAUUCCCUGGAGUACGACAGUCUUUAAUCAUGCUGUUCAGUUGUAAUACAGGUUUAUCUGCUUGUCUGAAUAAAAUUUAUUAAG